CGUUGGUACGUUUGUUGCGUGCAGGUUAGGCCCGGCCUGGCUCGGCCGCUGGGAUCCCCGCGAUGCGUUCAGGGUCUGGGCUGUCGGCCACUGGCUAAGUCCGCCUGUGACGGGCUGGCGGAGAAACACGGCGUUGCCAAGAAUCACGGCCUCGGCCAGUGAGCCGCGGGGGUUUGUUUCCUGGUGAGAGCGAAGCCAGCCCAUAGGAGGCAUCAGGUGGCCCGGUCUGGCAAAGGAAGAGGUCGGGGUCAGUGUGAAGGGCAGAGCCGGGGAGAGAAGACCAGGGGCGCCGCCGGCUUGGCAGCUUCGCGACUUUGGACCCUUGUCGCUGGAAGGAGCUCUGAUCAGGGUUUUAUUGAUAAGCUGCUUGCCAUCAUCUCAUCUAUCCUGUUGGCUGUUUUUUGGUGAACAAUGAGGAGCUGCUCUGUAGCCAGGCGGAGUUGUCUUUGGGCUGAGAUGUUCCCUUGGCUACUGUCCGAUGUCAUCUGCCCUCUGCAGCGCCAUUUGCCCCGAAGCUGUCGGAGGGGAAGCUCAACAGUGCCUGUUUCGAAUAUGAGGCCGUUACCUUCCCAAGCUCAUGUUGUGAUCUGCGGAGGAGGGAUUGUAGGGUCAUCAGUGGCAUAUCACCUCUCCAAACUGGGCUGGACUGAUGUUGUAUUACUGGAACAAGGACGGUUAGCCGCAGGAACUACGCGACUCUGUGGUGGUAUCGUAAGCACGGUCAAGCACAUCAGCAUAGAAACAAAGAUGGCUGACUAUUCAAACAAACUUUAUCAGCAGUUGGAGCAAGAAACUGGCAUCCAGACAGGUUAUAUCCAGACUGGUUCAAUCUCACUGGCUCAUACUCAGGACAGGCUCAUAUCCCUGCGACGUCUUGUCUCACGAUCACAGGUAAUGGGAAUCCCGUGUGACAUCAUCAGUCCGAAACAGGUAGCCCAGCUGCACCCUCUGGUAAAUAUCCAUGACCUGGUUGGAGCAAUGCAUGUCCCAGGAGAUGCAGUCAUCUCACCACCAGAUGUUGUCCAGGCACUCGUGAUAGCUGCUGUAAACAACGGUGUGCAGAUAUAUGAAGGGACCAGUGUCAAUCACGUGAUGGUCGAGAAAGGUCAUGUGACUGGAAUUGAAACUGACAGAGGCCAUAUAGAAUGUGAAUACUUUGUAAACUGUGCAGGGCAGUGGGCCUAUGAACUUGGUUUAAUGAGUGAGGAGCCUGUAUCUGUCCCACUCCAUCCGUGUGAACACUUUUACCUGGUGACACGACCUCUGAAGCAGGGAUUGCGCCCUGACACACCAGUAAUCCUGGAUCUGGACGGUAGGAUCUAUGUUCGCAACUGGCAGGGUGGCGUACUUUCUGGGGGCUUUGAAAAGAACCCAAAACCUAUCUUCACUGAGGGCAGAAACCAGCUGGAGUUCCAAAGCAUGCUUGAGGACUGGGAUCAUUAUGAGCCACUUCUGAGUGCAUUGCUGCGACGAAUGCCUUCCCUGGAGUCAACUGAGAUCCUGCAGCUUGUGAACUGCCCAGAAUCCUUCACUGCUGACAUGCGAUGCAUCAUGGGAGAGUCAGCAGCUGUGCAAAACUACUUUGUUUUGGCGGGAAUGAACUCCAGUGGCUCGUCCUUUGCAGGUGGCGCUGGCAAAUACUUGGCUGAAUGGAUGGUGCAUGGAUACCCUUCAACUAAUGUCUGGCCAUUGGAUAUUAAGCGCUUUGGGGCACUCCAGAGUAGCCGCACAUUCCUCCGACAUCGUGUCAUGGAAGUGAUGCCUCUAAUCUAUGAACUGAAAGUUCCUCGUUGGGAUUUCCAGACUGGCCGACAGCUCAGGACCUCUCCUCUGUACGACCGCUUGGACGCACAAGGAGCGCGCUGGAUGGAGAAGCAUGGCUUUGAGAGAGUGAAGUACUUUAUCCCUCCUGGAAGGGAUUUGUUGGAAUUGGACCACAGUAAGACCUUCUACAAACCAGACUGGUUUGACAUUGUGGGAGCAGAAGUCACGUGCUGCAAAGAGGCUGUUUGUGUCAUUGACAUGUCAUCUUUCACCAAGUUUGAACUCAGUUCCUCAGGUGGCCAGGCUCUUGAGAUACUGCAGCACCUGUGCUCCAAUGAUUUGGAUGUUCCUGUGGGACAUAUUGUGCACACAGGGAUGCUGAAUGAACGAGGUGGCUACCAGAAUGACUGCAGCGUUGUGCGACUUAACAAACGCAGCUUCUUUAUCAUCUCGCCCACGGACCAGCAGGUUCACUGUUGGUCCUGGCUCAAGCAGCACAUGCCCGAAGACAGUCAGCUACAGCUGGAGGAUGUUACUUGGAAGUACACAGCAUUGAAUUUGAUUGGUCCCCGUGCAAUGGAUGUUCUUUCCGAAUUAUCUUAUGUGCCAAUGACUCCAGAUCACUUUCCCUCAUUAUUCUGUAAGGAGAUGAGUGUCGGUUACGCUAAUGGCAUCCGGGUGAUGAGUAUGACACAUACAGGAGAGCCUGGCUUCAUGCUGUAUAUCCCCAUCGAGUAUGCUCUUCAUGUCUACAAUGAAAUUAUGAAUGUAGGGCAGAAGUAUGGAAUCCGGAAUGCUGGGUACUAUGCACUGCGCAGUCUGCGUAUUGAAAAGUUCUUUGCAUUUUGGGGUCAAGACCUAGACGCCUUUACAACACCGCUGGAGUGUGGACGUGAAUUCCGAGUCAAGUUCGAUAAGGGAACUGAUUUUAUUGGCCGAGAUGCUCUUUUGCAACAAAGACAGGAGGGAGUUUGUCGUCGGUUUACCAUGUUCAUCCUGGAUGAUCAUGACACUGACCUCGACCUUUGGCCUUGGUGGAGCGAGCCUAUAUUCAGGAAUGGGCGCUAUGUAGGCAUGACAACUAGUAGUGCUUACAGUUACACAUUGGCCCGCCACGUCUGCUUGGGCUUUGUUCACCAGUAUGAUGAAGACACUGGAGCUAAACUGGUGGUGACCCCUGACUUUGUCAAUCGUGGUGAUUAUGAAAUUGAGAUUGCCGGACAGCGCUUCCGGGCAAGGGCCAAACUUUACCCUUUCAGCUCCUUGUUUACACAGAAGAAGAGGAAAGAUGAAAUGGAACUGAGUAGCUUUCAGGGGAAAUAAGAGCCCCAGCAACACCUUUUGAGUUGAGGUGAGAACGGGUCAAUAAUGCAGUUCCCAGGAGGGAGGUGAGGGGAGGCAAACGACCAUUAUAUAUUGUUGAUGGCGUGCAUAGCUAUUUUUUCCACUCUGCACAGACACUUUUGUGUAUAUAAACACAGAUGAAAGAAUUGUUCUGAAUGUCUCACAUCCAGCUGGACAUAUGGACACUACUCUUGUGUUUUCUUUGUUUAUUGUAUAGAGGAAAAUGCCACUCUUUUUUUUCUCUGAGGAAA